AUGACCACCCGCCCGCUCAGCCCCCCGACCUCCCCCCGCAAACGCACCAAAGCGAUGCACCUCCCGUCGUCGCAACGCAUCUGCCACGACUGGAUGGUCGUGCAAGGCAACGUGCACUACGCGCGCGACCGCGCCCACUUCACAACCUACCGGCCGGUGACCGCGCACCUCAAGAACAACAUUUUCAACCCGAUGGACGAGCUCGAAGUGGCCGGCAUCGGAACCGUCGAGAUCCCCGUCGUCCGCAGCCUCGAUAACCCCUUCGAUACGCAUACCAUCGUGCUCGAGAACGUGCUGCAUAUCCCCGAGGCGGUGUGCAAUGGGUUCAAUCCCCUGCUGUUUGGGAGUAGUAUGUCGUGUACGGAAACGGCGUGGAUGGGGGCGGAUCGCGAGGACAAGAAAGACAAGAAAGACAAAGAGACAGACAGCACUAAGCAAUUGAUAGUAAACUGUAAUUACACGUGGAAAUCUAGCUCGGACCCUGCGUCUAAAAAGGGUCUGGGUCUACUGCUAACAGGCUAG